UGCGAUUUGUUCGUCGCUGUGCCUCGAUUUCGUCAUUGUGUUUCACCGAUGCGGGAAGGAAUUGACGACACCAGGUCCCCCGAAUAUAUUGUUAUGUCAAACGAAACAGGGGUUUUAGCGAGACACAGUAUUCAAGACGUGAUGUGUUGUCACCGAAGUUGAAUCUAGACGCUCCAUUGAGGAAUUCCAGAGCGGGAGUGAUCGCGAGUUCUUGCAACCUCUCCCAUUUACGCUUGCCCCACCAGUGCUUUCCUCACCUGUUCCUACUAUACACGUGCCACGCUUGAACCGAAUUGACUCCUACAGUUACAGUGUUUCUUACUUUAUAUAAAUUAUAGCCUUGGCCAGCUGAUUGGAAUACACCGUCACGCGGCAAAACGUCUCUGGAACAGCGGGCUACAAAAUAGAGCACCUCCACUCGAUCGCGGUCACAUUAGAAGAACGCGCCCCAGGAAAAGGAGGUUCUCCGUUGGCUCGGAUCUACAUCGUCGUGCAUACAGCAAGCACUGUUGUGUUGUUAUAAUCAUCCUGUUUUGAGAGCUUUCAGCUGGAGGCCUCGGUGUGGUUUCCCCUCAGCCGUCCUCAGUUUAGAGUAUUGCUGCAAGACACCAUGAAGGCAACAAGCAGACGGGAUAUUGGCGCGGUGCUGGCUGUGGGUGGUGCCUCACGGAACCGUGCACGCAGGACGCAGCGUCCUCCAGUGGUCGAUAGCGUCUGCUCCUCACCCCACGCGUCAAUGAUGGCGCUGGUGGCGUUGCUUCUCUCUGCGCCUGUGCUGGUCUUGGCGAACAAGGCACCGGCGUGCAGUGAUGGCCGUCACUGUCAGAACGGAGGCGUGUGCGACACCAGCGAGGACGCCUGGCAGACGUGUGACUGUAGCUACACCGGUUUUGAAGGCAGCCAUUGCCAAACUGUCGCCUCUUUCGUCAGCUUUUGCAAUGGCACUGGUGCUAAACUCCAGCUGCCGACAGCCCGUCGCCGCCUAUUGCAAAUUGACGAUGGCACAGUGCUGGAAGUGGUAUAUAGAACAUUGCCACCAGCACAAAACACGGACUCCAGUCGGACGACCGGGAAUGUUUUGAUACCCAUCGUAGCGUUGCGCAACACCAACGACGAGUAUGCCCUGAAGAUCUUCCAGUACGGCACGAAGAUUGAAGUUCAGACGAAUGUCAAGACAGGAAGACGAAGGGGGGAGGUGCAGACCCAAGAAAUCUCCGGCCUUGAGCAGUUCCGCUAUCAUCGAGUUCGCGUCGAAUUCGAGGCCUUGCCCCGCGGCGGUGAGGUCCGUGUGGCUGUGUAUAGAGAUGUUGACAGCGUCGGCGCGCUCCGUUCGUCUACGAUAAGCCUCGGCACCUCCUUUGAGUGGAGCCAGCUCAGACAGAGCCCACUGCAGAGUAUUGAGGUGGGCACUUUCCCUGCGACCUACCCUGGAUCACAGGCACAAACCUCUACGAGUCCCUUCUGCGGCCAUUUCAAACUGGCACGGUUUGAAGAUCAAGAUGUCGUCUCCAGCAUUGUGCAAGCAUCUGAUGCUAUGAACUCAACAGGUCUGAUCGGCGAACGUGCCUAUGAAGACUUUGGAGUAGGUUUCAACACAAUCAAGGCGCACAAGCACCACGCUAGAGCCAGAGCUGACGUUCACAGCGUCGACAUUGACUUUCGUUCAGCUGUACACCAGGACGCUGUGCUGCUGGGACUUCACGGGCCAAGCGAGCUCCUGCUAGAGCUCGUUGGCGGCCAACUUGUCUUGGUAUUUCUGUCUCAGCAGGAAAACUUCCUCAGGCGGCUCCACACGGGAUCCGUGAGGCUCGACGAUGGGCAAAUGCACUCGCUGUCGAUUUGCGUACAGCAGGACAUGCUCCUUAUAAGGACAGCGAAUGUCAGCACAAGUGUCGAAUUUUAUCAUAAUUUCUCUGCCAUUGAUUUCGGAGGUUCCUAUCUGGGAAACUCGAGUGAUCGUCGCGGUGUUGCGCCUGGAUUCCUGGGAUGUAUCGCCAGUGCCCGGAUCAAUAGCAAUAGUGUGAAUCUGCGCCGUGCAAUUAGCAAGAGCGUGCAAACUGACGGCGACAUUGUCAACGGCUGUCCGUCCUGUGUGCUGACGGAUGGAUGUGGACGUCGGAGCAGCGUGACAAGUCCAUCGGAACUGGCAGGCGAGACGACGUCGUCAAUGGCAACCAAAGAAACAACAACAAGACAGCCAGCACAGCCAAUGACGUCAACAGCAUUGAAGAGUGAAUCUAGUCAGCUGGCCGGGCCGACAGAUGAACAGGAAAUGAUUACCAUGGCAAGAACGGAACAACCUGCGCCAACAUCAUCAGUUGCAUUGGGGUCGGGCGAGGACUUAGCUGUAGAGAUUGAUCCGACGACCAAGUCUGUUGCUGAGAUGCCCAAGUCCACAGGAGGAAUCGAAACGACCGCCUCAUCCACCACCUCUCAGACCACUUUGCCACCCACCUCAGCGACCACUUUGCCACCCACCUCAGCGACCACUUUGCCACUCACCUCAGCGACCACAUCUCCAACCACCCCAGUGACCACAUCUCCAACCACCCCAGCGACCACUUUACCACCCACCCCAGAGACCACAUCUCCAACCACCCCAGCGACCACUUUGCCGCCCACUCCAGUGACCACUUUGCCGCCCACCCCGCAGACUACCUCUCCGACUGGCACAGCACCUGUUCGUGUAACCGUCAUCCCAACGGUUGGCCUGGCGUCGGGCUCGAGUGCGACAGAACUAGCGGCGGACUUUACGUCAGAUGACCCCAUUUGGAUAGGAUCCUCUGGUGCAAGUCCCAGCCCCGACAUGGCUACGGUACCGAUCACGAGGGACUCGCAGGGCAGCGGACACACGCCAAGCAACGGGGCGAGCUCUGCAAGCUCAUCGACAGAAUCGGUGAUGAUGAUGACUACUGGUUCCGGGCAAGACGGAGUGACGGAACCCACGACGUCCGUGACGUCAUCGCUCGCAGCUCAGUCAUCCAGCAUGCCGCAGACGGGUGGCAAGGCUGACAACGCCAACAAUGUCGAUAAUGACGCAUCCGGGACUUUCCCAACUGAUCACGUGACCAUAAUGACAUCACCAACUCCUGUUGGAUCAAUGAAGACAUCUCCAGCUACUGAUGAAUCAACGAAGACAUCACCAACUACGGUUCAAUCAACAGUGACAUUGCCUUCAGUUGAGUCAACUAUGACAUCACCCACCACAGCUCGAUCAACAAUGACGUCAACCACCACAGCUCGAUCAACAAUGACGUCACCCACGGCCACCACAGCUCCGUCAACAAUGACGCCACCCACCACAGCUCCAUCAACAAUGACGUCACCCACCACAGUUCCAUCAACAAUGACGUCACCCAGCACAGCCCAAUCAACAAUGACGUCACCCACCACAGCUCAAUCAACAAUGACGUCACCCACCACGGCUGCAUCGCCGACAUCACCAACCUCACAUGGCGUGACCAGUGUCGCAGCAACACGAGCGACCGAUGCACCGCUUCCCACCACCACCACCACCACCACUGCCAACGGUGAUGCACAGCCCAGCACUGAAGCAUGGACGCGCGCCGCAGCCACUGCUGCGCCCGCCACGACAGACCAGGGCGUAAAUCCGAGCAGCGCAGGCGAGGGAGAACUGGCCGGCAAUGACGAUGCCUUGCUACCGACAGUAGCGUACGUGGGCAUCGCGAUCGGUGCUGUGGGAAUGGCGGCCCUGGUCGGCGUGGCGCUAGCCUACCUGCUACACCAGCGCUCGCACUCGGGCCAACACGAGAUGCCGGUCGACGUAUAACCGCUUUCCUCGGAGUGCGUGACUGUGAAAAUAAUCGAUUUGAGCCGAAGCCCAUUUGCCGGCAUGCAGCACAUGCUGUAUAUGUAUGCAAGCUGGCCUUGGAGUUUUUCAGGUGCACGCGGAUGUGCGGCCGUUGCUAAUAUGCAUGGGCCGUCCGUUGAGAUGUUUUAAAACAAUCCAUAGAAGUCUGAAUACAUGGAGUAUGAAAUGUACAGAAUGUUAUGGUCGCCUAGGAAACGGUCACAACUUCCCUAUAUCUUAGAUGACUACUUUUUUUAUUCUAAACUUGCUGUUAGCAGCGGAUCAAUUUAUCUUAUUCCACCCGAUUGUUGCCACAGAUCAAACCAACUGAAGCAACGGCCUUGAAUAGCAUGCAGUAUGAUGGCAAUGCUCCAUACUUAGAAUUCCCUGGCCAGUGGGUAUAGGAGGGUUCCUUUCCACGACUGCUUCAAGACUACAACCUAGAGUGCACAUGUCUAAGCUGCCUUAUACUCUUGCUACAACUAAUUACUUGCAUCCUCUUGAGAGUAGAAUUAUUACAACUGCACACGUCCACGUGAGAAUUUUAGAAGUGAUGCGAGAGGCGGCACACCUACAUGUACAUGUACAUGCACUGUGUGCGAGUACUUAUAUUUUUUACAAUUGCUGGCUCAUUCUGCUUCCCCGUUCAGCCUUCAUCUAGUCACGCCGUGUGCGUGUUUUGAACACAUAUUAGACCAAAGUAUUAGCAGGAGUAUAGAACUAGUAUGUACUCUUGACAUCAGUCUUCUAUUACUAGGAACGAGAACUUCAAUUCUGGAAAAUAACUAUUUUCACGGCCUGCAUUUCUUACAAGUUACAUGUUGCGUGGUGAUGUCUGCAGCAUUUAUUCUAGUCAGUCCUCUAUUUUAAUGUACUUGUAGAGAAAGAAUUCAGUGAUAACACAAAGUAUGUUUCAAAU